AUCCGGAGCGUGAGGGAUCAGAGGGAAGUCUCUUGGUCUCCAGACAUUUUUUUUUAUUUUUUUCCACCGAGGAGGAGGAGGAGGAGGAUCUUAAACUUCACAUCGGCGCGACUGGAAAACCACCGACGGUAUCGAUCGACGCGGGGUCGAUGUCGACGACUCUCCGACUCUGAGGACCGAAACGUUUCCUCUGACGUCGGUUCAACCCUGAGUUGCACGCGAACACCGACGAGAAGGACGAAGAGACGCCGAUGGAUCGGUACGAUGACCUGGAUCUGGAGUGUGAAGGAGGAGGAGGCGUCGCACAAAAAGUGGCGUUGUUCGGUGGGAUGUUCAAGAGAUCCUUCAAGUCUGCAGAACCAGAAGCCCAAGCACAGGACAAUCUGUCGGUCAACAGUGAACUUUCAAAGAGCAGCGACAGUCUGACCGACAACAACAUCAAGGACAAAGGAGCGGGGUUCAAAGGGAUGUUUAAUAAGAAGACGACCAAAUCUGCCAAAGAGAGUCCUCUGCAGGCCACCCUCUCCUUGAAAGAUCCCGAACUCUCUGCCAGUAACGACAGUUUGACAGACAACAAGUCAUCCAAGGACAAACCAGGGGUGUUUGGUGGUUUACUGAAACUCUCUCACAAACCAGGGCACGCCCGGAGGCCUUCGCAGGAUCUGUUGGACAAAGAGCUCUCAGUCAGUAAUGACAGUUUGUCCGACAACAGCAACACUAAGGAGUCCGGUGGGAUGUUCAGUGGGAUGUUUAAAAAAGACAAGAAGAGGACACAAUCCCGGGAGGAUUUGUCUGCACCGAGCGAACUCUCCGACAGCAACGACAAUGUUUCCCUAUCAGGCAACACUAAGGAGUCCGGUGGGAUGUUCAGUGGGAUGUUUAAAAAAGACAAGAAGAGGACACAGUCCCAGGAGGAUUUGUCUGCACCGAGCGAACUCUCCGGCAGCAACGACGACAACGUUUCUCUGACAGGCAGCACUAAGGAGUCCGGUGGGAUGUUCAGUGGGAUGUUUAAAAAAGACAAGAAGAGGACACAGUCUCAGGAGGAUUUGUCUGCACCGAGCGAACUCUCCGGCAGCAACGACGACAACGUUUCUCUGACAGGCAGCACUAAGGAGUCAGGCGGGAUGUUCAGUGGAAUUUUCAAAAAAUCCCCAAAGCCCUUCGGAGCGAGGGCACAGUCCCAGGAGGAUUUGUCUGCACCGAGCGAACUCUCCGGCAGCAGCGACAACGUUUCUGCCGCAGGCAACACUAAGGAGUCAGGUGGGAUGUUCAGUGGCAUGUUUAAAAAAUCUCCAAAGCCCUUUGGCGCGAGGACGCAGUCCCAGGACGACCUGUCUGCGCCCGGCGAGCUCUCGGCCAGCAACGACAAUCUGUCUGAGAACAACACCAAGGAGAAAGGGGGACUCCUGAGUGGUGUGUUCAGAAAGAAAGGGGCCAAAUCCCAGUCUCAGGAUAACUUGUCUGUGGAGGGUGAUCUCUCUGCCAGCACUGACAGUCUCACAGAGAAACCCUCAAAGGGUGGAGGAGGACCAGCGAAGAUCCUGAAGAAUCCUUUCACCUCCUCAUCUCAGAAUAAAGAAAAGACUGAACCCUCCGGAGGCUGGAAUGAGAAAACCUCCUCCACAGAGAAGAACAAAGUCAAGCAGAACGGUUUGAGUGCGAUGAUGCAGAGCAAACAGGAGAAGAACUUGGACUCAGACGGCGAGGAGGCGUCUGACAGCGGAGAGGGCGGACCCAGUCACAAACAGAAUAAACUCGCUGGGGCGAAGACGAAGCGGAACCCGUUUCGAUCUGCCUACAAAACGGGCUCUGAUGACGAGGAUCCACCCGCGAGCAGCGAUAAGUCGUCAGGGAGCAAACAGACCCCCGUGAUCGGAGCCAUGUCCAAACUGAAUCUGUUCCGUGGUGCAAAUAAAAAAGACACUGAAGACGCAGAACUGCUCAAGGAGAACGAGAAGCAAGUGGAGGAGAAGUCGAAACUGGUCAAAAGCAACAUGAUUCAGCGGGAAACGAAGGGAAAAAGUGAAACGCCGGCGGCUCCUCCCCGACCGACUGGAGAGGAGAUGAAGAGGACGUCCGCGGAUGACAAAGUGAAAGACAAACGCGGCGCAGAGACUCCCGUCGUUCCUGUCAGACCAUCAGUAGAGGAGAUGAACCGAUCAACAAGACACGCUCUGAUAAAGCAGAGGACCGACCAUCAGAGCCACUCGGACGACGAAGGUCUCGGACGAGACCGAUCUGCUGAGGCCAACGAGGGGGACGAGCCGAACCCCCCGGAGAGCAAGGCGACAAAGGUGAAAAAACACAAGCACCAUAACCCGUUCAUGUCACGUGCUGCAGCCAAGGCUGCGUCUGAUGACGAAGAGCUAAGAGGAGAAGAUGAAUCUUCAUCCAAAGAGGACAAGCAAGACGAGGAGACCAAAGUCAAGAAACCACAGCGACACAACCCCUUCAUGCCACGGGUCAAGGCCAAAGUUGUACAGAGGCCUGCACAGGACGACGCAGCGGAGAAUGAAGGUGGAACCAGGACCUUGUUUGACCAGCUGGAGGAUUUCCGUAUUGACCCAGCUCAGCCUGAAAGAAAUCAGGAGGUGGAGGAUCUCAUGGAGUGGUGGAACACAGUGGAGCAAUGGGAAGACACGCCUCAAGACGAGGACAUGACAGAAAAAGAAGAGGCCAAGGCGUUCGCUUUGACGGCCGAAAAGGUGCAGAAGGGAAUCCGCGUCUUCAACAAGCUGUUCUCGGAGCGCGCCGAGAGCCUCUGGCAGCACGUCAUCGACCUCAACGGCAUCGCCGACAGCUUGGACAAAUUCAACAAGAAGACGAAGAUCGCUCAAAUCACCGGCGGCUCCACCAGCGCCGUCGGGGGCGUCGCCACCAUCGCCGGCCUCGCCCUGGCCCCGGUCACCAUGGGAGUCUCCUUGAUCGUGACGGCGGUGGGGCUGGGCGUCGCCACGGCGGGCGGCCUGACGUCGGCGGGCGCCGGCAUCUCCAACCAGGUCAACAACUCGAUGGACCGCAAGAAGGUGGAGAAGAUCGUGGAGGACUACCAGGAGAAGAUGGUGGACCUGAACAAGUGCCUGAAGUUCGUCAAGCAGGGAAUCGAGAACCUGCGCCGGUUCGACCUGAUCAAGAUCAAAAAGAGCGCGUACAACCGCGACUUCCCCGCGCUCACCAGCAGCUUCUACGAGGACGGGGCCAUGGCGGGGAAAGCGAUCCUCGUCAACGCCAACGAGAUCAUGCGCGUGGUUCAGAUCGCCAACGUGGCCGGCAGCACGGCGGCCAGGGCGGUCCAGAUCGCCAGCAUGGCCACCGGUGUGCUCACCGGACUCUUUGUCGGCAUGGACAUCUACUUUGUGGCCAAAGACUCCAAGGAACUCAAGAAAGGGGCCAAGUCGGAGUUCGCUGCCAAAAUCCGCGACGUGGCGACGCAACUGCACGACGGUCUGGUGGAGCUCAACGGGAUACGGGAGGAGCUGCAGUCGACCACGACGGAGGGCGGCGACGAGGACGUGGCUGCUCUGGACAACGACGAGAAAGUGAAAGAAUAUAAAUAUGACAGUUCAGACGAAGAUGAAAUCGACCGCAUUAAAAAAGCCAUCAAGAAGGACAUUGAGAACCGAGAAUACGUUUGAACAAAACUUCAAACCAGUUCCCUUUUGCAAAAAGUAAUACUGGCAUCCAGACAUCAGAUCAGCGUUUUCUCUUUACGGGAGGAACUGAGGUACACGAACUAUCAUAUCUGCCUCUCGGGCGUUGUGCCAACGUGUGACACUAACUGUGUUGUCUUUUUUUAGAAAGUGGGAUUUUAAACGAUGUAAUUAAAUCACGAAUUUGGAUGGAACAUAGAUUUAUUAAAGACAUUUUCUGGACUUGAUGAUUUUAACUUGUAAGUGCUGCUUAGAGUCUCGUCAAAGUUUAUUUAUUCAUAUUUAAAAACCUGGAUCUUUUACUGACCAGUGGUAGAGAUGAUCUAUACAGUACUCAUUGGGAGGAGUGCCUUUCUUACUUAUAAUAAUAAUAAUAAUAAUAGUGCCUUAGAAAUACAGUGUGUGAUGCAUUAGUCUGUGGUUCAGGGCUGCAGUGAAACCACUUCCUCACAUCCUGCUCUUCAGAUUAUGGAUCAUGAAACACGUUUCAUUUUUUUUUCUUGAUAUUUGUCUCAUUUUGAAGAAUCACUGUAAGGAGCUUUGUCUCUUAAAGCUUCUGGGAAAUCAUUUUCUUUCAAUAAAAUUUGAAAAUUAGCGCGUGCCAAAGGCAAUCAAACUGUUCACACAAGAAGUUACAAGCUUUAAUAUAACUUCCGAGAAUAAGUUUUAAGUUAUGUAUUAGGGCAUAAUUGCCAAUCAUAUGUAAACGUAGGCAUCACUUUAUUUAUACAUGCGAGAAAUAUGUUUCAUUGUUAGUAGUGUUAAGAAUGGGGCAUAUCUUCAUUUUGUAACAUGGUGUAUAUUGUGUUUUUCCCCCAGUUUACAUUAUUAUUAAACAGCAUUUUGAUCAGGUGUCAAGUUCGAUACAUCAGCCAUAUUAUGUCUUCACUGUAAACCUGUAAAUCUUUGUCAGAUAACUGGAAUGACACAGGCCUCAUAUUUAUUUUGGGUUGAUCUGGUUAUUUGGUGAUACCUUUUUUACGUGCAAUAUACUGUAGAACUUCAUGUGGAAUAAAUGUCAAUGUAAAAAUCGUCAGAAAAAAACGUCAA